CUGCCUUUGUGCCCAAGUCUCUGAAACGAACCAAAGUCUUCGUCUUCGUCUUCAAUCUUGAUCCAUGGCAUCAUCUGCAGUUUCUCUCAUUUUCACUUCCUUUCUGCUUCUGGCUUUCUCCAUCCAUGCCUCUCAUCAUCAUCAUCAUCACUGCGAACCAGAUUCUUCCGCCUGCUCCAACUCCAAUAAGCUUCCUUUAGUGAAGGGUCUCUCAUGGAGUUUCUACCACUCAAGCUGCCCUAACCUUCAAUCUCUCAUCAGAAAACACCUCCACAAGGUCUUCUCCGACGACAUCGGCCUCGCCGCCGGCUUGCUUCGCCUCCAUUUCCAUGACUGCUUCGUUCAGGGUUGUGACGGGUCGGUAUUGUUGGAUGGAUCCGCGAGUGGGCCUAGCGAGAAGGAGGCCCCACCGAACCUGAGUUUGAGGGCUGAGGCUUUCAAGGUGAUUGAAGAACUCAGAUCUCUCGUCCACCGUCACUGUGGAAGCGUCGUCUCUUGCGCCGACAUCGCCGCCCUCGCCGCCCGUGACGCCGUUGUUCUGUCUGGAGGACCAGAGUAUGAAGUUCCCUUGGGAAGACGAGACGGCCUAACGUUCGCCACAAGAAACGCGACGCUGGAGAACCUCCCGGCGCCGACCAGCAACGCCAGCGUCAUUCUCGAGUCACUGGCCACUAAAGGCUUUGACCCGACCGACGUCGUAGCUCUCUCCGGCGGCCACACAAUCGGAAUCAGUCACUGCGCUUCCUUCACCAACAGGCUCUACCCUAAUCAGGACCCUGUGAUGGAAGAGACCUUCGCCGACAACCUCAAGCUCACGUGCCCCACCGCGAACACCGACAACACCACCGUGUUGGACAUCCGAACACCGAACCUGUUCGACAACAAGUACUACGUUGACCUUGUCAACCGUCAGGGACUCUUCACCUCUGACCAAGACCUGUUCACGGACAAGAGGACGAAGGAGAUUGUGAGCGAAUUUGCUGAGAACCAAAAUCUCUUCUUCGAGAAGUUUGCAGAGGCUAUGAUGAAGAUGGGUCAGCUUGGCGUGUUAACAGGUAAUAAUGGCGAGAUUCGAGGAAAUUGCUCUGUGAGGAACCAAGAUUAUGAGUCUGUCUUGAAGAAGUACAAGGUGGAGGAUGUCGUGGAAGACGACUACAAGUCGGAACUGUGAUUAAUGUGUGGUUUGUUUGUGGGCGAUAUACAUAAGGACGUGCACACGUAGGUUGUCUGAUGUGUUUUCUAUAGUGACUUGAUUGAUGUCCUAUGUUUAUUACAUCGUAGUGUUUGAUCUAACAGACAUUUCACUUGCUGUUUGACACACAUAAUUAAUAAACAUGCAUGGUUUGUAAUA